UGAAUCAGCAAAUAAAUUUUGGAAGAAAGGGAGGGCUAAAAGACGAAGGAGCUUCAAAGUUGACGACGAAGGAAAAAGGCGCACGUCCUUCCGGAAAAACAACCAUCGUUCCUCUCUUCUUUGGAUAACCAGCCAAUAUUGCUCCGAUUUCUUGCUGUAGAGGUCUCUUUCUAAAGGCGUGGUGGAAGCCAAAGCAGUGUUGUUGAAUGUCGAGUUCCAUUCUUAUCUUAUGCUGAAUGUUGGUAACUGCAUCCUCAUCAGAUGAUGGCUAUGACUGGUUCUUUGAAUUUUUCUCACAAAUGGGGAAUUUGCAAGAAGCAGCACUACAACAAGCAGUUUCAGGGCAUAACUAGAAGUAACAAAUUACAUACACUACCCUCCAGUCUCUCAUCACUUGCUUCACAACACGAUUCCUUGAGCAUCAACCUUUCUAUUCGAUUACAGAAACCAUUAACCACUGCUCCUAACAGAUUCAAUCUACUACAAUGCAAUUGUGUUCUGAAUCCAACCCAAUCUUUUGGGGGUUCUGCAAUCAAGAACAAUGCUCUUGCCUUGUCAAAUGCUUUGCAAGGUAAACCUAUUAUACUCAAGCUACUUCCAGCAGUGGGUAUUAUUGUUUUUGCUGUAUGGGGUCUUGGGCCACUAAUGAGACAAAGCAGAAACAUCUUUCUCCAUAAAAGUGAUGGGAGUUGGGGAAAGAGUAGCACAAAUUUUGUCAUGACCUCUUACCUUCAACCUUUGAUGCUAUGGACAGGGGCAAUACUUAUUUGCAGUGCAUUGGAUCCAAUUGUUCUUCCAUCAGAAGCUAGCCAAAUUGUUAUAAAACGCCUCUUAACUUUUGUAAAAUCAUUGUCUACUGUUGUUGCACUUGCUUACUGUUUAUCCAGUGCAAUUCAACAAACACAAAACUUUUUACUGGAGAAAAAUGAUGCUACUGAUACAAGAAACAUGGGGUUUCAAUUUGCUGGAAAAGCUGUAUACACAGCUGUAUGGGUUGCUGCUGUAUCACUUUUCAUGGAGUUACUCGGUUUUUCUACUCAAAAAUGGCUUACUGCAGGAGGCCUUGGGACAGUUUUAUUGACACUUGCUGGACGUGAGAUAUUCACGAAUUUUCUCUCAAGUGCAAUGAUUCAUGCAACAAGGCCAUUUGUUGUGAAUGAGUGGAUUAAAGCAAAGAUUGAAGGCUAUGAAGUUUCUGGAACUGUAGAGCAUGUUGGAUGGUGGUCUCCUACAAUUAUAAGAGGUGAAGAUCGUGAAGCUAUUCACAUUCCAAACCAUAAGUUUACAAUGAAUGUUGUGAGAAAUAUGACUCAAAAGACUCAUUGGCGAAUUAAAACUCAUUUAGCUAUUAGUCAUUUAGAUGUCAACAAGAUUAAUAGUAUUGUGGCUGAUAUGCGAAAAGUAUUGGCAAAGAAUCCUCAAGUAGAACAACAAAGAUUGCAUAGAAGGGUAUUUCUGGAAAAUGUGGAUCCUGAAAAUCAAGCUCUUUUGAUUCUGAUAUCAUGCUUUGUGAAAACUUCUCAUUUUGAAGAGUACUUAUGUGUAAAGGAAGGGAUCUUGUUGGAUCUUCUGAGAGUGAUUAGUCACCACCGGGCCCGACUUGCAACUCCAAUCCGUACAGUUCAAAAGAUAUACAACGACGCUGACCUGGACGGCUUCCCCUUUGCUGACUCAGCCUUCGCCCGUGGGCGGGCCCCUUCCAACCGCCCCUUGCUCUUAAUGGAACCCAACUACAAAGUCAACUCAGAAGACAAGUCAAAAAGUCAAACCAACAACAACAAGUCUUCAGUCAAGUCAAACACCAAGACACCCGACUCCAAAACCAAAGACACACCAGUAGCUGCUGAUGUUAAGAACAUUAAUAAAGAAGUGUCUGUAACAGAUAAGAAGCCUAAUUCAGAUGCCACGUCAUCAUCAACUGUAACAGAACAAAAGGGGUCAAGGGUUGUUACAAAUAAUAAUAAUACAAUGGAAGAGAAUAUUGUACUUGGUGUUGCUUUGGACGGAUCCAAGAGAACUCUUCCUAUUGAAGAUGAAGAAAUGGAGAGUGGUGGUGAAGUCAAGGAGCUUACUAAAACUGUGAGUACCAAGGAUAAGAAAGACGGAAGUACCCCUGGCUCUACGGGUGGUUGAUAAGUAAAGAAGUUAAUCUAGUUGACUCCACUCCUGAGGUUUUAUAAUUGGGGGUGAUGGAUAGGUUUUUGAUUUAUAUUUGAUUGAAUUGUGAUGCAGUGUUUGCAUGUUAGAUAUGUGAAUACGUUGGAUGCUUCAUUUUUCGCUUUAAUUAGGCAUAUGCUAAAUAUAAAUACAAAC